UCAACUCUUCAACCACACACACAAAAAAAAACUCAUUUCUUUCUAUUUUCUUCCUUUUCCCCCAUUAAUAUUUUCAAUUUGAAAAUAUAACUAUGAAGAACAAUCUUUAUAGAAAAUCCACAGUUGAUCCAAUUACUCAACCAUUAAUAUUACCAGACCAACUUUCUUUAUUACCAAAUACAAUCUUGACACUAACAUCAUCUUUAUCUCAAGAAGACAAACAAAUCUUGUCAUAUUUUAUUUCCUGUUCUUCUAGUAAUUUCUCCAACAAUCUUGGAAACUGUACUAUUCACAACAACAACAACAACAAAAGUUGUUAUUGUUUUAAUUGUUAUAUGAGUUAUUGGGUGAAAUGGGAUUCAUCUCCAAACCAUCAACUUAUUCAUGAGAUUAUUGAUGCUUUUGAAAAUAUGGGGUUGGAGAAAAAAAAGGGAAAAAACAAGAAACAGAGGAGGAAUAAGAACAGAGGUUCUUGUGGAGUUGAGAAAAAUUCUGAAAUUUGUGAAUUUGAAUGUUUAGAGGAAAAUUCAAGAAGUUAUGAUGGUAAUAGAGAAGAGGAAUUAGGGUCUGUUAGAAGAUUUGUGAGUUUUCUUGGUGAAAGUAUUUGGAGUGUUUGGCAUGUCUGAUUUUUUUUUUAAGGUAAUAUUGGGACAAUCUAGGUUGUUUUUUCUUAGUGUUCGUUAUUUAUAUUGGGAUUCCACGAAAUAUGAAUUCGCGCGUGAAAGUCUAAAGAAGAUUUCAUACUCAGAGCUCGUAUUUGAACAAAAUUCUGGUUAAGGAUUAGGAAUAUUUACUACUUCACUUCAAUUCUCACGGAUGUUUUUUUUUUCAUCUGAUGUUCGAUACUCGUAUUGGGUCUGAUGAAAUAUAAAUUUGUGCCUAAAGUCUCAUAUUGGAGCUAAGUGCUCCCUAAUAAUAGAGAUUUCAUAUACAAAACUCGUAUCUGAAAUCCUGAUUAAGAAUAAAGGAGUAAUUAUCAUUC